GCUCCCGGCUCCCUUUCUUUCCUUCCUUCCUGCUUUCCUCCGGGAGAAACAUGGCUGGGAAGAGAGAGGAGGCGCGAGACAACAGGCGUGGGGUCGUGAUUUCUGAUGAUUGGCCAGGAUAUCGCUUGGAUUUAUUCACAUACCCAAAGCACUAUUCUGGAGAUCUGGACCAUGUGCUUAUACCUCAUGGUGUCAUUGUGGACAGGACUGAGAAGCUGGCAAAGGAUAUCAUGAAUGACAUUGGAUACUGUGACAUUGUGGUUCUCUGUGUGCUUAAAGGGGGCUACAAGUUCUGCUCUGACCUUGUAGAGAAUUUAAAGAACAUCAGUCGAAAUUCAGAUACGUUUGUCUCCAUGAAGGUUGACUUCAUCAGACUAAAGAGUUACCAGAAUGACCAAAGUGUGGGUGAUAUGCAGAUAAUCGGAGGGUGUGACCUCUCUAAACUAGCUGGCAAGAAUGUACUCAUUGUGGAGGAUGUUGUUGGAACUGGGAGGACCAUGAAAGCUCUACUUAGCAAAAUAGAAAAAUACAAGCCCAACAUGAUUAAGGUGACAAGUUUGUUGGUGAAGAGAACAUCCAGAAGUGAUAACUUUCAACCUGACUAUACUGGAUUUGAGAUUCCAGAUUUAUUUGUGGUGGGCUAUGCCUUAGACUACAAUGAAUACUUCAGAGAUCUCAAUCAUAUAUGUGUGAUCAGUGAACAAGGCAAAGUGAAAUAUCGAGUCUAAAGAAGUACGUUCUCAUCACCUGAACAUUUGUGAAUUUCCUCAACUCCCCAAUUGUCCUAUGCCUUUGACUACAUUCAAGAAGCCAGUGUGUGUGUGUGUGUGUGUGUGUGUGUGUGUGUGUGUGUGUGCAUGUGUGAAAGUCAGCUCUGCAGACAUUUUCAUGUAUUAGGAUAUUAAAAAGUUGUUUUAUCUGAAAGCAUUCUUUUCAGGGAUCACAACACAUCAAGUAGCACAUCUUCAUCAUGAAAUACACAGCAUGCCUUUUGCUUGGUUUGUUCCAAAUCAAACACUCCACCUGGUGACUCAGGACUUCUGUCUGCCUUCAUUCUCCCCUGCUACACCUUUUUUGGCCUGGAUAGUGCUUUCGACUCAUUGCUUUUCCCUGAAAUGCACCCCCCCCCAACUUUCUAGUUGCUCAAUUUAUUUUAUUUUAUUUUUUUGCUUAACAGUUUUCUAGCUUUUUUUUUUCUUCUGGUCUCAAAUUGAGAUGAAUCAUUUUCCUUGAGAUUUGAGCCCACACAACUGGGAUGCACACAGGAAGGGGAGGUGGGGGGGGUGGGGAGGAAGGCAGUUUAAUAUAUAUUUAUGUGUUUGCACAUUUCUGACAGGCCAUUAUCAUCUGCUUUGUCAAAACCUUUCAGGACCUCAGGGUACGCUGAAUCUUAAUGACACUAUGAAAUGAGCCUUUACGUGGCAUUCUCAAUUUGAACUUCUAGUACGUGACAGUGGUAUGUUGAGUAUGCACAGACGUGCUCAACUGUGUUUAAUACACUGAAUUUUAAUUAGAAAAAAGCACAGUGACAGUGAGGCUUUCAUUUCUAAGCUGUAUUCCUUGAUUUGAGUGGUGCAUGAGCAAAUAACCGGACAGCUCCGGACAGUAGAGAGGACAGCUCCAUUCACAUGUAUAUUUCCACGCUUGGAGCUAAUCAAGUAGAAGUCUGUGCUUAUGUUGAAAUUAUUCCAGUGCUAGUUUCAAUUUUCCUCUCUUUUAUGUCCAAGGGUGAGCUUCCCCAGCCCCUCCCCUCUU